GGGGGGUCGGAAGUGGGAGGGGCGGUGGGGGCGUCACUUCCGGUUCCGGGAGCGGAGUGGACGGAGGGGGAGAGGGCAGGAUGCUGAUCAAAGUGAAGACGCUGACAGGCAAAGAGAUCGAAAUCGAUAUAGAGCCAACAGACAAGGUGGAGCGCAUCAAGGAGCGGGUGGAAGAGAAGGAGGGAAUCCCCCCCCAGCAGCAGCGGCUCAUCUAUAGCGGCAAGCAGAUGAACGAUGAGAAGACAGCCGCUGACUACAAGAUCCAGGGGGGCUCCGUCCUCCAUCUUGUCCUGGCCCUGCGGGGGGGGGGGGCGGGGCCCCAUUAGCCCCUCCCCUUGACCCCACCCCCUUUGUGGGCGGGGCUUAAGUUCCCCCUUCAACCCCAUUGGUUCCCUUUGUACCCCCCCCCCCCCAUUGGUUGGUUAUGUAAUAAAGGUUGUUGAUGACGUCA